AACAGAAAGACUCGUAAUAAUUAUAUGAAGACUAUCUGAAUUUUCCCGCUGACGAAGCCUCACCUAUUCCUCAAUAUAAUGUUUCGCGAUGCAAUUGAAGGGAGCGUGAGUAAACGCGCCGCCACCUCCGUGGUCGACAAAGUCGUGGUGGCCGUGAAAGCCGAGAGAGUCAUCUCCAAGGCGGCACUAGCCUGGGCUCUUACUCACGUUGUUCACCCCGGUGAUUCAAUAACUUUGCUCGCAGUCUUGCCCUCCGAGAGAGCUGGGAGGAAAUUCUGGAGAUUUCCGAUUUUGGCCGGCGACUGUGCGAGCAGCCACCGGGAGAAGUUGCCGGAUCGGAUAAGUGAGAUCUCAGAGUCAUGUUCCCAAAUGGUGCUUCAGUAUCACAACCAAAUCGAGGUCACGGUGAGGGUUAAGGUGGUGGUAGAUACACUAGCGGGUGCUGUGGCGGCUGAAGCAAAGGGCAAUGGAGCCAACUGGGUCAUACUGGACAAAAAAUUGAAGCAAGAGCUGAAGCACUGUGUAGAGGAACUCCGCUGCAACAUUGUAGUGAUGAAAGGUUCGCAACCAAAAGUCUUGAGACUCAAUUUAGGAUGCUCAGAUGGGCUGGAAACCCCGUUCUUUUCUGCUGCGUCUUCACCACUUAUGGACAUUGGAAAGUUGAAAGGCCAUAAGAAGAAGCAUGCCACUCCAGUGAGCAGCCCUGAAGAAACAAGUACAUCCUGUACAAGAACAACAAGGGAAGGCUCAAUAUCGAGUUUCAAUAGUGCCGCCUCUAUUUUCCUUGUCUAUGAACAGAAUCCUCUUUUUGAAGGUCCGCAGAAAGGGACUUAUAGACUAAUUGAUGAGCAAAAUGAUUUGGAAGAGUCAUUAUCAGCUAUUGACUCAAAACAUGAAAGAGUUAUAACUCUUUCUAAAAUUCCAAGAUCUGUGGCUGGUGAUCAGAGCAUAUUCUGGAUUCCACAAAGCCACGCCCUUGAUGGAAAGCCACCUAAUCCUCGAAAUUACAGAAAUGGCAACAAAAAUGUAUUUUCCUCUUCCAGUACUCUGUUUGAUAAAGAUGUGACAUCAGGUAGAAUUGGGCUUAACCCAACGAAUAACAACGAAUAUAUUAUCAAUUCAAGCAUUAGGGAUGCCGUCUCUUUAGGAAGAACUUCCUCAGUACCUCCUCCACUGUGCUCAACAUGUCAACACAAAACACCAAUGUUUGGAAAGCCGCCAAAACAGUUCUCGUAUAGAGAGCUAGAGGAAGCUACAGAAGGGUUCUCAGAAAAGAAUUUUCUGGCAGAAAGCGGGUUUGGUGUGGUUCAUAGGGGAGCGCUAAGAGAUGGCCAGGUUGUUGCAGUGAAGCAUUUGAAGUUCGGUGGUUCUCAAGCAGAUGCCGACUUCUCUCGUGAAGUUCGGGUUUUGAGCUGUGCACAACACAGGAACGUUGUGUUGCUAAAUGGGUUUUGUAUUGAGGGCAAUAUGAGGAUGUUGGUUUAUGAGUACAUAUGCAACGGCUCCUUAGACUUUCAUUUACAUGGAAACAGAACCCCUCUAGAAUGGCAUGCAAGGUUAAAGAUAGCAACAGGCACAGCCCGUGGCUUACGGUAUCUUCAUGAAGAUUGUAGAGUGGGUUGUAUAGUCCACAGAGAUCUACGACCCAAUAAUAUCCUCCUAACCCAUGAUUUUGAACCUAUGGUUGCAGAUUUUGGGCUUGCUAGGUGGCACUCUGAGUGGGACAUCAGUACCGAGGUUCAAGUGUUUGGUUCAGCAGGGUAUCUUGCACCAGAAUAUGUGGAUGGUGGGCAAAUUACGCAUAAAGUUGAUGUGUAUGCGUUUGGCUUGGUUCUUUUGGAGCUGAUGAGUGGCCGCAGAAUCACCGAGUUGCAACAUGCAAAUGAACAGCUUUUUCUGGCUGAUUGGCUCAGUCCAUUAGCCACCAUGGAAUCAUAUUAUCAGUUACUUGAUCCCACCUUGGCUUCUGAUCAAUCCCCUGAUUUCCUUCGUCAGCUAGAUGCCAUGGGACGAGCUGCUUCCUUAUGUCUUCGUCGAGAUCCCGACUGCAGACCCCAAAUGUCAAAGGUUCUCAGGGUGCUAGAAGGAGGAGAUCUAGUCGUUCCAGUGGGUUCAGACGUGAACUCAAUCGGUAGUAGAAGUGGUCAUUUGAAUGGUUUAAGUUCACGCGCAAAACCUGAACUGAGAAUCAGUCAUUCUCGUAGGCUGUCACAUUAAGAAUAGAUUGCGUGGUAAGAUAUAUCUGCCUAGGAUCUCUAUAUAAAAAGUCGAAAUUUAUUCUUCAUGACCAUCGAUUUGCAUUUUCAUUGGGACUGUUGUGCAACUAGAGUGUCAAAUUUAGUAGCAAUGUUUGUUGUCGCGUAAUGUAAUUAUAAGUAAUGUAUCUAUACAAAAGAUUAAAAAAGAGAUUAAUCAAAAGACAAUUUAGGAUUUUUGUCCUA